AACACGCAUUAAAAACACCGCAACAUUUUUCACCUGGCAUGCAGUGCACCGUAAACGCCAACACGGCGAGCUGUGCGGUUAAACAAACAUCCAGAGCAACAUGAGCAGAUUUCCUUUCUGCUGCCGCUGCUAGUGAGCCUCGCAGCAGCACCCAGAAGUGAACAAAGCGACCCGGAAGCGGUGGUCCGACUGGAAGCAGAACAUCAAGCUUUUAUAUUAUAGCUCUUCUCGCAGGACAAUAAUCUGCAGCCUGGAACACAAGGAUGGCAGAGCCUCGGUUUAACAACCCUUAUUUCUGGCCCCCGCCCCCCUCCAUGCCCGGCCAGCUGGAUAACCUGGUCCUCAUUAACAAGAUAAAGGAGCAGCUGAUGGCGGAGAAGAUUAGACCUCUGCACCUGCCGCCCACCUCCACCCCCUCUCAGCAGCCUCUGCUGGCCCCCACCUCGUCCCCAGACGGUGGCGGUCCACACGGGAUGCCAGGGCCAAAACCUCAGCAGCAGCAGGUGCCGGGCCACCACUCGCAGCAGCAGGGCUCCGGGCAGCCGGACAUCGCUCUGCAUGCUCGUCCUACCUCCAGCUCCGGAUUAGAUGGAAAUCUGGAUGACAAGUCAUCAGUAAAGGCCAAAGGAUUAUGGGAGGACUGGCAUAUGAGACAACUUAGUGAGCAAUCCGCCCGGGUCAACCAUCGUUCAGGUCUGGCUCCCUCAUCUCGACCCGACAACCACAGCACCUCAGAGGCCCUGACCCCCACCACUCCAACUUCAAGCAGCCAGAACCGUUUGGGUGGUGCUCCCUCUGUCAACAUCAUUUCUGGGCUAGCUAGUGGUCCUGGCAUGGACCAUAUGAAGAGUGGGGGUCUAGCAGGACUCCUGGGCCCCCCACCAAAGGCGACGAGAGGAAGAAAGAAGAUUAAAGCUGAAAACGCAUCUGGUCCUCUGCUGGUGGUGCCCUACCCAAUCCUGGCUGACCAAGGCUGCGUCACCGUGGCGCCUAAAGAGGGCAAAACCUACAGGUGCAAAGUUUGCCCGCUCACCUUUUUGACCAAGUCAGAGAUGCAGAUUCAUUCCAAGUCCCACACAGAGGCCAAACCACAUAAGUGUCCCCACUGCUCCAAGACGUUCGCCAACGCCUCCUACCUGUCCCAGCACCUGCGCAUCCACCUCGGGAUCAAACCCUAUCACUGCUCCUACUGCGAGAACUCUUUCCGCCAGCUGUCGCACCUGCAGCAGCACACCAGAAUCCACACUGGUGAUCGGCCUUAUAAAUGUGCUCAUCCUGGAUGUGAAAAGGCUUUCACUCAGUUGUCUAACCUCCAGUCUCACCAGAGGCAGCACAAUAAAGACAAGCCCUACAAAUGUCCUAACUGCUACCGUGCCUACUCAGACUCUGCAUCGUUGCAGAUCCACUUGUCAGCGCAUGCCAUCAAAAACACUAAGGCCUACUGCUGCAGCAUGUGCGGCCGGGCAUACACCUCAGAGACCUACCUUAUGAAGCACAUGUCCAAACACACAGUCGUGGAGCACCUAGUGAGCCACCAAUCGCCACAGAGGACCGAGUCCCCCAGCAUCCCCAUUCGGAUCUCCCUCAUCUGAGCCCCCCCUCCCCACUCAAGCGUCCAGCAGCAAGAUUUAUCAGUUUGGCUUCAUCCAGAUCUCCUGAAGCCCUGCACCCAGGUUCCUCUACAUAAGGCUUACAUAAGGGUGGUGACAGCUGACCCCAAGCAUUCAGUGUUAAAAUUCAGUAAAUGCAUUUUAUUUUUCAAAGAGCACAGCGUUGUUUUCUGAAUGUAACGAUACGGCUUGAUGUUAAUCUGGCGGUGGGGGCAGCAAAGAAUGUCUUGAGUCAGAUUCAGUAAGCACUUUGGUAAGCAUCAUGUAAACCGUUGGAUGCAUCGGCAGUUAGAUAUAUUUUAAAUACCUGUUGUUGUUUUUUUCCUUCACUUUAGAUUAUUUUGUCCCCCCUUUUUACAUCAAAUGGGUUUUCAAAACUUGUCAGGUGAUGUUUGGCCUUUUAAAGUUCUCUGAGAGGGUGUGGGGGAAAAAAAAAAAAGAAUUUAGGUAUGUUUGGAAAACAUCCAAAGAUUAUCUUAAAGCACUUUUUUUGGCGCUGUGGUUCUGGCUUAAAUUGUUUUAAUCAAGUUGGUGAGCAAAUGCCAAAAAGGGGGGCAUUACUUUAGGCAGCUAAGAGCAGAAAUUAUUAUUCUGUGCUGCUUUCUUCAUUUCUCAGCACAUAUAGUAUUCCUAAAGCAGAUGACAGGCAAUCGGUCGAGGACAAUUCAAAUAUGUUCAGAUUGUUCUCAUCAGAAUAUGUUGCAAGGUGGAAAGAUAGAUUAUGUUCUUGCUUUAAUUUUCUCCAUAAUCACUUUAGCUGCACCUUUAAUUCAAUGACAAUUUAUCACAAACCCCUUUAAUCCUACCCCCUCACCCUUUUUUUGAUGUUCAUUCAAGUGAUCAGUGCCAUACCCGAACCUCUGACAAUUGAAGAGGAAUCAAAUCUUUUGCAGUUCCUGAUUUUAAAAGCUUUGAUGGUUCAUUUUGAAGGUUUAGACGUUAGAGCGUAACUACAUGUCUUUUUAAAUAAGCUCAAAUUCCAGCUAAACUAGUUUUUUUAAUAAGUGGGUAAUUUUAAAUCAAACCACUGGACCAAAAUGUGAAGUUUAUGUACAGCUAUUCUCACCUAGCCAACACAUUUUUUGUUGUAGCUUUUUUUUCUCCCCCCUCUAAAAUAAGCUUUAUUCAUCUUGAAGAAACUGCAGUACAAGUCCUACUCAGUAGGACUAUGAGUGUAUGCUGAGGUAAAUCCUCUGCUUUUUUUUUCUUCUCUACUUUUAGUAUUAUUUUUACUGUAAACAGUAUUGUUUGUUGUAUUUUUACUGUAACCUCCGAAUGGUACUCAUAGGGUUCCCUGUGUUCUUCAGGGUAUUGCAAUUAUAAAAAAAAAAAAGGAAAAAAAAAACAGGUGCUACGGCUAGACUUUAGCUCCGAGAUUGAACUGAGAAAAAUGUAAAAUACAUAUACAGUAUAUAGUAUGUUUUCAAAAAGCAUAAGUACCUAUUACCCAAGCCACUGGCCUGAAAAAACGGACAUUUACGCCAACAACAGACCCUGCCUCUUCAACGUACUCUCUCUUUUUUUGUUGAAAUAAUGGAAAAAUGUACAUGUUGAUGUACUGUAAGACAUGUUACUCAUUUAUAGUCCCUACUCUCUGGUUUCCAUCAAUAUCUUCUGUUUGGAAUUUGUAAAAGCUCACCUAUGAAUUAACUGUGAUUAUUUUAGUCUACCUGUAUGUUAAUCAUCUUUUAUAUCAGUUCUAUACAUGUAAGCCUUAACUGUUUAUCAUCCCAAAUACAUUACUCUGUAUUGUGUUCAACAGUAUUCAGUCGUGUAAGCAUUUUAUUCUCAUUUCUGUUUUGUUUGUUUUUUUAUUCCGCAUGGAGUUCUUGAGCUGUAAUCUGUAUAACUGUUUAACCCAUGUUCUCUAUGAAAAAGAUAUUCCGUAGAUUUAUUACACUUUUCCCUGUCUUGCAUUGUGGUUUCAUAUAGUUUCAAGGCGACUUAAUAUGCACCACCAAGACUGAGGAGUAACUAAGGUUAUCAAUGUUGAAAAAAAAAAAACAAAAAAAAAGAAGCUUUGUAUCUUUUCCUUGUUUAAUAAACAGACUGUUAUAAAUUA